CGCAACAUCGACGUAUACCACAGCUCAGCCGGAUUUUAAAAGCCGUGGGCGUUUGGAAAACUGGAUAUUUGAAAAUCGUUUCCCCACAUCAAUAGAUUAAACGUCCCCAAAGGUUUCAGAUCCAUAUCUGACACCACAUCUCAUAAAUAUUGGAUGGCUUCUGUAAUAUUAAAAAUUGAUGUUUUCAAUUUAAGUUUUCAAAGCGGAGUCGGAGUGUCCUCGCUGAGGGAGGGCGAGAGGAGGUCCAGUCAGACUACCUACCUGCUGCCGAUCAAACGCGCGCUCUCUCCUCAGGUGCGCGAGGGGGUCAGACUCAAACGGACCGGUGAUGCUCGCUCUGCCCAAAUUGUAAGGAAAGCCACAUUUAUGCGCCGGUUUGCUGGGUUAUAUUACACGUGUGACGCCUGAGACGAGUGAGACCCAGAUUUUGGAGUCAUUUGAAGACUUAUCUCAAACUCCCGAGGAGCUGCAAUGGCAUCGAUCGGGGAGUUUGAUCCGUUAAACAGCAGCGUACCUGCUACCAAAAUAGAGAUCACCGUCUCGUGCAGGAAUUUGCUGGAUGUUGAUACAUUCUCAAGGUCAGCGCCAGUGGUUGUGUUGUAUGUUCAAGGAAUCGGUACUAAGGAGUGGAGAGAGUUUGGUCGAACAGAAGUGAUCGACAACACUCUCAACCCGGAUUUUGUGAGGAAGUUUGUCCUGGAUUACUUCUUUGAAGAAAAGCAGAACCUUCGGUUUGACGUAUAUAAUGUUGACUCCAGAAGCUCAAACAUCUCAAAGCAUUACUGUGAUUUACCUUCAUUGUUUUGUCUCCCACAGUCCUUCCUCGGCCAGACUUUCUGCACUCUAGGAGAGAUUAUUGGGUCCUCUGGGUCAAGACUGGAGCGGGUGCUUUCGGGCAUUCCUGGGAAGAAAUGCGGGAACAUUAUCUUCACAGCUGAGGAACUCAGCAAUUGUCGGGACAUUGCAACCAUGCAGCUCUGUGCUAACAAGUUGGAUAAAAAGGAUUUCUUCGGGAAGUCUGAUCCCUUCCUGGUGUUUUACCGCAGCAAUGAAGAUGGCACGUUCACUAUCUGUCACAAAACAGAGGUGAUAAAGAAUACUUUGAACCCUGUGUGGCAGCCCUUCACCAUCCCAGUGCGAGCUCUGUGUAACGGAGACUAUGACAGAACAGUGAAGGUUGAUGUUUAUGACUGGGACAGAGAUGGAAGUCAUGACUUCAUCGGAGAGUUUACGACCAGCUAUAGAGAGCUGUCUCGCGGACAGAGCCAAUUCAAUGUUUAUGAGGUUCUGAAUCCCAAAAAGAAAGGGAGGAAAAAGAAAUACGUCAACUCUGGCACGGUAACACUUUUGUCCUUCAAAGUUGAAUCGGAGUACACAUUUGUGGACUUCAUUCGAGGCGGAACACAGCUCAACUUCACUGUAGCCAUAGACUUCACCGCCUCUAAUGGAAACCCAUCUCAGCCGACAUCGCUCCACUACAUGAACCCGUAUCAGCUGAAUGCGUACGCCAUGGCCCUUAAAGCCGUGGGGGAAAUCAUCCAGGAUUAUGACAGUGACAAACUCUUCCCUGCCUACGGCUUUGGAGCUAAACUCCCUCCUGAUGGCAAGAUCUCUCAUGCUUUUCCCCUGAACUCGGACUGUGAGAAUGCAAACUGCGUCGGCAUCGAAGGCGUGCUGGAGGCGUACUAUGACUGUCUCCGGAAAGUGCAGCUCUACGGCCCCACCAACUUUGCCCCUGUCAUCAACCAGGUGGCACAGUGCGCGUCAGAGGUGACAGAUGGCUCUCAGUACUUCGUGCUGCUGAUCAUCACAGACGGUGUCAUUUCCGACAUGGUACAGACUAGAGAAGCCGUGGUCACUGCGGCGUCUCUGCCCAUGUCAAUCAUAAUUGUGGGAGUCGGCCCUGCUGAAUUUGACGCCAUGGAAGAGUUGGAUGGAGAUGAGGUCAGGGUGUCCUCCAGGGGACGUGUUGCUGAGAGAGACAUUGUGCAGUUUGUGCCGUUCCGGGACUACAUCGACCGAUCCGGGAACCAGGUGCUCAGCAUGGCCCGACUGGCCAAAGAUGUACUGGCCGAGAUACCCGACCAGCUGCUGUCGUUCAUGAAGAGCAGAGGCAUUGAACCCAGACCAGCCCUCUCCCCCUCUCCCACACCACAGAUAAACGUCCACCUCUGAUCCAAGAGCAGUGUUUUAUCCACAGCUAAAUGUUCACGUUUGAAACCCCCGGGUCCGUCACUGGGGACGCACAUUUUUACUUUCCACAUCGGUUAGCAGUAGCACUUAAUGUAGUUACAAUAAUAAUCAACUGAAAUCAGGAAUAUGUUAAUGUAAGUGUGUGGUGUAAUACUUUAUAAUCAACCAGCGAUCAAUCAAAAAACAACAGUUUAUGCUUGCCUUGGAAUGGAAGAUGUGGAAGUAAAAAGAGGGUGAAAUCACUGAAAAGAAAUGUCUGGGUCAUAUUUUCUCAAAAAAUCUAAAGACAAGGAAAAACAAUAAAAUAUGCAUACAAUGAAAUGCAAUACAUAAAUUACAUAAAAUAAAUGAAUCCCAUAUACAGUAAAUGGAAAUGUAUUGCUUUAAGACAUUAUUUUCUCAUUCUCAAAUUCUAAAAUCUCUCAUUACCCUAAAAAAUACUUGUUUAGUUGAACUGUAUAGUACAUUUAUAAAUGCAAUUGUAAGUAGACUAGGAGAAAUGUACUAAAUUGUCAUGAAUGAACAAUACAUUAAUUUUCCUUAAAACAGACCUCCCAAAAUAUGGUACACUUUGGUAUUUGAUAAUUAUUAAAUAUGUCACAAAACUAUUGUCUCACAUAGAAUUAUUGAAUUUUAUAUUUAUUGAAUAUUAGUAUUAUAUUAAAUAAUUAUUUAUAUUAUGUAAUUUUUCUAUACUCAAAAAGCCUUUUAAGUUUAAAUGCUGAAAAAAAUCCCCUUUUAUGCCCUGAUUAAAUUUAAUGAUGAUUAUUUUUAUUAUGUUAUAAUUGUAUAAUUAUAUAAUGGUAAUAUGGUACAGUUUAGUAUCCUGUGACUUUUUAAAGCUUUAGAGACACUUUAGACUGCCUUUAUUAUUAUCAUAUUUAGUUGUUUCUCCCUUAUUUUGUGUUGAAAUAUCGUCUGGACAUUUCUUAUACUGAAAUUUCCCCAGGAACAUGAGACUCUGUGUUCUCACACCCGGCAGAGACAGACGGAGCGUGUGCUUGCACAGGCUGUGCUGUAUGCUGUAAUACCCAACCACGCAUGCACAGGUCACCUUUAACAUCAUCAUCUUUAUAUUUCACGUAGUUUCUUAGGCUAAGUUAUUUUUUCAUUUUCUCACUGGCUGAAUUAGUUGCGCUGGCACACUCUUGAGUGUGUAAAUAUUUGCUAAUUUGUGCCCAGUUUUGAAAGGAGCUAAUAAGUAGCUGCGUGUGGCAGAAAAACAGAUGCCUGUGCGGGAACACCGACGCACCCGGAGUCUUCCGCACACCUCGAGUGGAUGCAGCUAAUUACCUGCAGAAACAGAGGUGCCAAUCAGUGCAAUUCAACCAGAGAGAGGAAGAUUGAGGGAAGAAAUAUCCAGAGUGUAAUCAGCAGAGGUUAAUGGGCACAGGAAGUCGGCAGACGUAUGGCGUGACAAAGAUAAAUCAGGUGAUCAGCAGAACGACAGGAAAAGAGGGGGAUAUUACAGGUGAAUCUCAUGGAGAAACGUCUGGGUCAUAUUUUGCCCCAAAUAUCAAAAAAAGGACCAUUAUGAUGCAUGCAUUGUGCAUUAGGAUGGAACAUUAAGGUGCAAAUGUCAUGCAUUGUGACAUUUUUAUAACAAAAUUUCUCCCUUCCACAUUCUCAUAACUGUAAACACUCAAUACUGUAAAAUGUCCAGACCCAAUUAUAUUUUUUAAAAAGUCAGCACAAAUUUAAUACAUUGAAUGCAACCAUUAUACACAAACAAUUGCACUUUAAAAAUAUACUUUACAAUUUAAAUUAGGUAUGCACUAUACUGUAUAUUGGUACCUUAUUGGUUAUAGGUUAAUGUUGGAUAUUUAAUUGUACAUCCUGUUUUUGAUUAUCUUUGGUUUUGAUAGUGCUCAUCUAAAGUUUAUAUUUAAAAACACUAAUUUAAACACUAAUCUGUCUGUUAAAUGUCUUCAGCAAAUAUCAAAAUAAAUAUCUAUUUUUCAUACUGUACAUUAUAGUUGUUUACAGUGUUGUGAUGCCUAAAUUCACUUGUAGCAUUUCAAAUAAUUUAUUUUUAUUAAGUAUAUUUAGACAAAGUAUUAUAGAAUUUUAGUAUCAGUAUCGGUUUGAUUUAUCGGUUAUUGGUCAUAACAAGAAAAUGAUUACAUUUUAAUAGUAAUAAUAAUAGUCAACAUUAGUGCAUAGCUAAUUUAAUUAAUUAGUCUUUUUUGCAGUAUUGAUAUUGAAAUUAAAAAGCUCUUUACUGCCAUGAAAAUAAUGUUGCAAUGCAACAAAACAAAACAAACUCAAAUGUCCUAAAAAUAGCAUUUGUCCCCCCUUUUGAAUUCGGGAUGACACAUGACCUGGACAUUUCUUGACAUUUUUCCAUGGGGUUCACCCUUGCGUACACUGCCAUGUUGCAAAUUUAAUUCCAAAAAUGAUUGUAGACUCAUUGAAUGUUUGCUGAGAUUGGAACAUUCGUUCAUUUUUCCAUUCUUUCAUUCUGCUGUACAUAAUGAAUAGUGCAAUAACAUUUGACAUGCAUUAUUGCAUCUCACCACAAUUUAUGGCUGUAUUUCCAUCACAACCCUUGUUGCUGUGAUCAAAUAUUGCUCAGAUACUUUCAUGUUGAAUACCGUUUUCUCCGUAUUUAUAUAUACAGUAAUGUUCUAACUGUUGCUGAACUGUAGAUUUGAAUGAUAUUUGUUUCAUAGUAAAGACAGCUAUAGUAAACGGCUGCUUGUGCCAAAGUGCUACCAUGUAAAACAUUCCUGCCAAGGUUGUAUAUCGAUAUGUGAAGCAAAGAUGUUCCUUUUAUAUCUCCUUGUUGUGUUUUUAAUAAAGCAUGAACGUCG